GUAUGAGCAUGCCUUAUGUGCCCCCUCCUCCGCCUGAUGAUGAACAAAGCAUCUUUGCACAUCACCAAACAGGAGUCAAUUUUCACAAGUACGAUGAGCACUUUGUCCAAGUGUCAGGACCGGACCCUCCAAAUGCCAUAGCGAGUUUUGAAGACAUUGACAUGAAUAGUUUGUUAGCUGUGAACAUUUCCAAGGCCGGCUACUUUAAACCUACUCCAGUCCAGAGAUACAGCAUUCCUAUUAUUUUGGCAGGACGGGAUUUAAUGGCAUGUUCCCAAACAGGAUCUGGAAAAACUGCUGCUUUUCUUGUACCGAUCGUGGCCCAAAUGAUGAGAGAUGGUGUAACUGCCACUAUCAGUAAAGAGCAGCAAGAACCGGAAUGUAUUAUUGUUGCCCCAACUAGAGAACUGAUAAAUCAGAUCUUCCUAGAAGCAAGGAAAUUUGUGUUUGGAACUGGCAUAAGGCCAGUUGUGGUCUAUGGAGGUACCUCGAGAAGCCAUUCAAUCCACCAAGUAAUGCAAGGCUGUAGUAUACUGUGUGCUACUCUGGGAAGGCUUCUAGAACUCAUUCAAAAUAGGACGGUUGGUUUGCAGAAUGUGAAGUACUUGGUGCUGGAUGAAGCAGAUCGCAUGCUCGAUAUGGGCUUCAGCUUAGACAUUAAGAAGCUGAUUACCUUCCCAGACAUGCCCCAAAAAGACAAACGCCAGACAGUCAUGUUUAGUGCCACUUUCCCUGAAGAAGUUCAGAGGCUGGCUGGUGAACUUUUGAAAACUGAUGUUUUAUUUGUUGUUGUUGGAGAUAUGGGUGGAGCUUGCUGUGAUGUUCAGCAAAGGAUUCUUCAGGUUUCGCAGCCUCUGAAGACACAGAAACUGAUAGAAAUUCUACGCAUCACAGGUGAUGAACGAACCAUGGUAUUUGUGAAGACGAAGGUCAAAGCGGACUUCAUUGCCUGCUUUCUUUGUCAGCUAAGCAUACCGGCCACUAGCAUCCACGG